AUGAAGCAAAUUGGAGACUUUUUCAUUUCAUCUACAAUAGGUCAUGGAUCAUCAGGUCGUGUUAAACUUGGUAUACAUCAUAAAAGUGGGCAAAAGGUAGCCAUCAAGAUCAUUCCACGAAGUCAACUCAAUUCUUCCAUGAAAACGACACAAGCAGUGGAACGAGAAUUAGCGGUAUUACAAUUAUUACAUCAUCCAAAUCUGAUUGAUUUACAUCAAGUACUACAGGAUGAACAUAACGUUUAUUUCGUCACAGAAUAUAUACCAGGUGGUGAAUUAUUUUAUUACCUUAACGAAAAAGGAAAACUAUCUGAAAACGAAGCAAAAAAUAUAUUUGUACAAAUAGCAAGUGCUUUAUCAUGGUGUCAUGCUAGAAACAUAUGUUCUUUUAAACAAUUCUUUGUUAUCAAAAAAAAUAAUAAUAGUCAUCGAGAUUUAAAACCUGAAAACAUUCUAAUGGAUAAAGAAGCAAGAAAUAUCAAAAUAGCAGAUUUUGGUAUGGCAACGAUGCAAUCUUCUAAUGCAUUAUUAAAAACGAGCUGUGGUUCCCCUCAUUAUGUCUCUCCAGAGAUUAUAAGAGGAAUUCCAUAUUAUGGCCCUUCUGCAGAUGUAUGGUCUGCUGGCAUCAUUUUAUAUACCUUGUUAACCGGAAAACUACCAUUUGAUGACAAUCACGUUGGAAAAUUACUAGCAAAAAUAAAAACGGGACGUUUCAAAAAGAUUCCAGACUGGGUGUCCUCCUCAGCAAAAGAUCUUAUUUAUAGAAUAUUAGUGAUUGACCCAAAUCAACGCAUAAGUUUUAAUGAUAUCUUAUCGCAUCCAUGGAUCGUUUCUUCCUUGUCAGCUACAACAACAGCCACUACAAUGGUAUCCAUCCACUCACUCUCCAUACAAUCGAAUCCUUGGCAUGAUGAUCAGCUUAAACACCCACUGAUAUUACGCUCAGCUGAUCUUCAUGGUCCUACUCAAAAAACUUUAAAAGUACUGUGGCGGGACCUGACGAAUGAUCAAAUUGUUUCCUUUCUAAUGGAAAAAAACCCAAACCUCCAGAAGCUCACCUAUCAGCUUUUGCAACAGCGACUAAAUAGGACGAUGGAAAGAUCGACAGAUUCCAUUGGAAAAAACUCUAAAGAUAGUAUUUGUGAUACCGAAACAUUUUUGCCAUCACCAGAGUCACCAUGUAGUAAUCUUAUUACGGCAUGUGAUGACAGUAUGAGACUUCAGAUACAAAUAAACGAUGUGCCUUCCAAAAGGACAUCUUUUAUUAAAUAUACGCGCUACGCAUCUUCUGAAAUACCCAAACCCCAAAUACAACCAAAUAGAAAACCUACACAAAAUAAUACAACAUCUGCAUUGAUGGAUCAGAUUAUGUUAUACCCAGCAAAGAUCUACUCCCCCCAAAAGAAAUCUCCAAAGAUCACCCGACAAGAAUUUGCAAUACAAUGCAUGGCAAAGUCUGAAUUUAUUGCUGCAGGGAAGUUGCAUUAUAUAUUAUCCGAUCAUUUUCAGGGAAAAUUGAACGGAUGCAUGUUUCCAGAUGGAAAAAUUUUGUGGUCUGGGGAAAUCGACAAAAGCUCAUUUGUUGUAGAUCAGCAACGACAGCACAACAGCAAAGCGUGUUUCCUUUGUAAAGUUAGGAUUGUAUCGGACAGUAAAUCAUUAUACAAGUUGCUAUUCAUCAUUCAUCGAGAAGAUCCAGUUUUAGUGUCCAAUUUUGCUAAUCGGCUGGUUGAUUUGAUAAACUUGUAUGAAAAAGAAUCCGAAUCCGUCAAAAAGGCAAAUCGAUGGAUCUAG